AUGAAGAACAGUCUUGUCAUCGCAGCAGCAGCGCUGCUCGGUGCCGCCGAUGCGGGCAUGCAUCGUAUGAAGCUUCAGAAGGUGCCUUUGGCGGAGCAGCUGAGCGCUGCCAACAUUGGCGACCAUAUGCGUGCCCUUCGCCAUAAAUACACCCAGAAGCCGAUGGGUGGUGCCAGCGAGGACAUUUUCCGUGACACUUCAAUCCGCCCUGACAGUCCCCACGAUGUUCCAGUCGAGAACUUUCUGAAUGCGCAAUAUUUCAGUACCAUUGCUCUUGGAACGCCACCGCAGGAGUUCAAGGUCGUCCUCGAUACUGGCAGCUCCAACCUCUGGGUCCCUAGCACCCAGUGCGGUUCGAUCGCCUGCUACCUCCAUCAGAAGUACGAUUCCUCAGCCUCGUCCACUUUUAAGAAGAAUGGAUCCGAAUUCGGAAUUCGCUAUGGAUCUGGAGAGGUGGCUGGCUUCAUCUCUCAGGACCUCCUGCGCAUCGGAGACCUCAAGAUCAAGGAUCAAUUGUUUGGAGAGGUGACCAGCGAACCUGGUCUGGCCUUUGCCUUUGGCCGAUUCGAUGGCAUCUUGGGUCUGGGCUACGAUACCAUCUCGGUCAACCACAUUCCGCCCCCGUUCUACAACAUGGUGGACCAAAAACUGCUUGACGAACCUGUCUUUGCAUUCUACCUUGGCAACACGGAGGACGGCACCGAGUCCGAGGCCACUUUCGGCGGCAUUGACAGCAACCAUUACACAGGCAAGAUGAUCAAGAUCCCCCUCCGACGGAAGGCUUACUGGGAGGUCAAUCUCGACUCCAUCACACUUGGCAAGGACUCGGCCGAUCUUGACAACACGGGUGUCAUUCUCGACACCGGCACCUCGCUGAUUGCUCUUCCCAGCACUCUCGCAGAACUGCUCAACAAGGAGAUUGGCGCCAAAAAGGGCUUCAAUGGCCAAUACACCGUCGAAUGCGACAAGCGCGACUCGCUCCCAGAUAUCACCUUUACUCUUAGCGGGUAUAACUUCUCCAUCACAGCUCAUGACUAUAUCCUUGAGGUUCAAGGCUCUUGCAUCAGCAGCUUCAUGGGCAUGGACUUCCCAGCUCCUACCGGUCCUCUUGCUAUUCUUGGUGACAGCUUCUUGAGGAAAUGGUAUAGUGUUUAUGACCUGGGCAACGACGCGGUUGCUCUGGCCAAGAGCAAGUAA